CAGAUGAAGGUACCGGAUGACUGGAAGAUCCUGCCGGCCGACCCCAACUACAAGAACCCCCUGGUGCGCCACUUCCGCCACCGUGGCACCGUGCUCACCAACUACCACCUGGUCAACGGCUGCGUCGAGCACUGGGCGCGCUUCCAGGCGCGUCCCACGGACAUCUUCGUGGCCAGCUUCCCCAAGUCGGGCACCACCUGGCUGCAGGAGAUCGUGUGGAGGAUCGUGCACGGCGAGACAGGCGCCGGGGGCAAGGCCGACACGCCGCUUGAGUAUCGCUUCCCCCUCCUGGACAUGCCGUCGGCAGUGAACAUGGAGAUGCGCUCCGUCCACGAGAUGGACGACCCGCGCCUCAUCAAGACGCACCUGACGUACGACCUGCUGCCGCCCAGCGUGCACACCAGCGGCACCAAGGUGCUCUACGUCACUCGCGACCCCCGCGAUGUCUGCGUGUCCUACUACCACUGCACCCGCAUGGUCAACUACGAGAAGUACCGCGGCACCUUCCCGGAGCUCCGCGACCGCUUCGUGCGGGGCGAGGUGAUGCACGCGCCCUACCGCGAGCACGUGCAGGGCUACCUGCGUCACGCCGACACCGUGCUCUGCGUGACGUACGAGCAGCUGCACGCUGACCGCGCGGCCGUCGUCCGUCGAGUGGCCACCUUCCUCGGGCGGCCCGUGACCGACGACCAGGUGGAGAGCAUCGUGAGUCACACCAGCUUCGGCGCCAUGAAGGAGAACCCCGGCACCAAUUUCCGCCACUGGGAGAAGAAGGGCCUAGUCACCGCCGGCCAGGAGGGCACCUUCAUGCGCAAGGGGCAGGUGGGCGACUGGAGGAACUACUUCACCGAGGAGGAGGGCGACGCCUUCCUCAAGUGGGCCAACGAGCCGGUUUGAGGGCGGUGGUGGAGGAGGCGUGCUGUCGCCACCGGCCAGGCUGCUGCGGUGUGCGGAUGCGUCAGCAUGCGCGCGGCACUGAGGAGGAGGUGUGUCUGACUGGUGACUGCACCGGAACCCUCGUGUGCUGCGUUUUUGCGCGAGCGUCGAUUGCGUGCUGACGUGGAGUGCUGCGAGAGGACCUGCAGGAAUGGUAUUAGCAGUGUUGUAGAUGUAGUUUGGCAUUUGACUUUAUGGGUGUCUUUCCGAAUCAUGUAAUACACACUUGCCACAUGGAGAGUAAAUGAGAGCAGAUUGUUGUUAUUUCAUGUAUUGCCAUGCAUUAUUUCCCGCAGGAUAAGGGCGCUAGAGGAGGCUACACUGAGGUUUAUUCCGAAAUAAAACUUUAGAAUCGCUAAAGAUAUGACGCUUGGUAGCUAAGUUUUCGAUGCUUCUACAGAUCCCAUAUAAAUGAAAAACCACGUCUGUCACAGAUUAUGAGUGUUGACCAUUUUGUCUGGUCAUUGUCGAUUUCAUGUUGUGUUCACUUAUCCGGUAACGAGCUAACCUACUUUUGUCGCAAAUAAAAAUUGGAAGCGACCGUCCUACGUUCAUUUGCUUUGUCUUAUCGCGGUAAAUUGUAACGCGAUUAUAAACAUACAUUGCUCAUCCGGAGGUCAAGCCGCGUCUAAUCCUCUACACGGAAAGCAUACAAGGAUAUUUUUCUGUUAUGGCCUGGUUGCAUUUAUUAAAAGUCGCACCACCUGGUCGGCAUAACACUGGCAUAUGUUACUCAACGCAAUUGUCUUCGCAGCCGUGCCAGUCUUGGUUUUUGAAGUAGCAUUGCGGAUAGGCGCAGGACUUAAGUCAUACCACCCAGCUUAGCAGGGUUUAGUUUGAAUGACUUGUUCAAUUUGCGAGAUCGAUGUUAACAUAGGAUAAUCUGUGAACACUGGAGAAGGUUUUAGGCACCUGGUGGUGGGUGCCUAUGUGUCUUCCUUGAUCAGAAGGUGUGUAUCUAACCGAGAGGAUGUUUGCAUGAUACAGGACGAAUCACAGGUCAGUUAAGCAGAAGAAAACUCGCUUAUGCACAACACGCUUGC